UAAUGCUCUCUGCUGCUUGCGUCGGACCGACUCGAAUCGAAUGUUGCGAAGUCCGUGAAGAAGAGAGGAAGAUGUGCGGUAGGGCUCGCUGUACUCUCAGACCCGACGAUGUCCCUAGGGCUUGUCACCGCCAUGGCGUUCCCGCUCGAUUUCUUCACACCGACCGGUACCGUCCAUCGUUUAAUGUUGCACCAGGGGCGUCCAUGCCGGUUUUGCGUAGAGACAGUGGAGGAGAUGGUAAUGGCGAUGGGGUUGCUGUUCAUUGUAUGAAGUGGGGGUUAGUCCCGAGUUUCACUAAGAAGACCGAGAAGCCUGAUUUCUUCAAAAUGUUCAAUGCUCGUUCUGAAUCAGUAUCUGAAAAGGCGUCUUUCCGUAGAUUGCUUCCGAAGAAUCGAUGCCUUGUCGCAGUUGAAGGAUUCUAUGAGUGGAAAAAAGACGGUUCGAAGAAGCAGCCCUUUUACAUUCAUUUUAAGGAUGGGAGGCCUCUGGUGUUUGCAGCUCUUUAUGAUUCUUGGCAGAACUCUGAAGGUGAACCGUGUGAGACACUUUAUACCUUCACAAUUUUGACAACUUCUUCUUCGCCAGCUCUUCUGUGGCUCCAUGACAGAAUGCCUGUAAUUCUCGGAGACAAGGACUCGGUAGAUAUGUGGUUAGAUGAUCCCUCAACAUCGAGAUUGAAGACGGUACUAAAACCAUACGAGAGUCCGGAUUUGGUUUGGUAUUCAGUGAACCCUGCAAUUGGUAAAACAUCCUUUGAUGGACCAGAGUGUAUUCUGGAGAUACCCCUAAAGGCUCCAGAGAAAAACUUGAUCUCAAAGUUUUUCUCAGCAAAGCAACCCAAAAGAGAGGAAAGGAACAGAGAAGACCUAUCCAUUAAUGAAAAUGUUGCGGGAGAUUUGAAAGAGGAACCGACAGCAGAAACUCAUAGAGGAUCUGAGUUUUCUGUAAACAUCCAGAAAUAUGAAGAAUUAGGCAAGGAGGAGAAGAGGUCUGUACCUGACGAAGCCAUGGACAUUCAAAGGAUCGUAAAAGUUGAGCCAGUUGGCUCAACAGUUAAACCCUCUGUAAAGGUCGAACCUGAUGAAGGCACAACAAGCAUCCGACGUGAAUCCGUCGAGAUGGGUCUCCCUAUAACCGCGAAAGAGGAGGAAGAAUCAGGUAAGAGCAAGACAAGCAUAUCGGAGGAACAUCAGAAUCAGAUGGGAGACAGCAUGGGAAAAAGAUCUUCUCUCGAAUCUUUACAUGAAGAAUCCACCAUUACUGAUCUACCUCAACUCCCAAAAGAGGAACCCGUAACCCAAGAACAUCCUGGUUCUGAAAAUGCGAAAGAGGAGCCUAAGAGUGAGGGCCAGACGGUUUUAACUUCCCCGACUGACCCAGAGAAAAGCGGAUCAAAACCGCUCGAUUCUGCAGCAAAGAUUGGGAGAAAGCGGGACUAUGAGGCAUUCUCAGCGCAACAAAAGCCAUCUCAGCAGCACUUGGACAAGGGCUCGGAAAAACCCGGGAGGAAGAAAGGACAGAAGAAGUGUGGCUUAAAGAGCUCUGAGGAGAAGCAAUCUACAUUGCAUUGGUUCUUCGAAAAACGGUAGUUUCCGCACCCGAAGAUUCUCAUUUCCAUGUAAUAUACUUAAAAGACUAGUCAAGGUUAAUAAGGUUAGGUGGAGGUGUUGUGUUUUGUGUGAUCGACAUCCAUUUUGUGGGUGAAUCUGUAGAUGCUGGUUCUAAUGAUGCUUGUAUCAUUGUGUUUAGUCCAAUGUGAAGCAUUGGUCGUAAGUUCAAUGAAGAUUUCAUUUCUC